AAACCACGCGAAUAAAAAAUCCUCAGACAUAAAUUAUAUCUGUACAUGUCUAUAAUUAAAAGUGAACAAAUCGAUCAAUAAAAUAAUCAAGUAUUCAUUAAGCAAAGUGCGAUUAAUAAAUAUUAUCAAUUUUCAAUAAACAAUUAUUCUUAAAACUUAAAUAAUUACCAAUAAUACAAAUUCUAACCUCAAAAACAUAAAAACCAAGUGUUGCUUCUUCAACCCCUUCAAUCAUCAAAACACAUUUAAAAUUUUUCAACAAUCAUCAUAAUAAACUACAUAAAACUUCAAUUAAAAAACAUCAAUUAAACAAUACAAUUAUCAUUACAACAAUUAUUAACUUGUAAAUAAUAAUAAUAACACCUAAAAAAAUAAAACACAGACAAUGUCAUGAUAGCAAGUGAGAAACAAGAUAAUAAAGAUAAUUAUUUUCAUUAGCAAAUAAUACAAUAUAGUAAAAUAAAAAAGAUCAUAGUAUAAUGAUAAAUCAUGUGUCAAAAUACAAAUGACGUGAAAUACACAAAACAAGAGGGGAUGAAGCAAUAAAAAAAGCAAAAAAAAAAAUAAAUAAAUUACACACAGUAAAGCAUUAAAGUCCAGGACAUGUUUGUGUAAUUGUGUGUGAAAGAGUAAAAAAAAUAAAAAAAAAAAAUAAAAAAGUGACAGAAAAAUAAAAAAUAAAAAUUAACUACUAUUUCGUUGAGUUAACGUCGAAUCGAAGUUGAGCUUUAUCAUUUAAUAUUAUGCGCCAUUGAGAAGUGUAGACUGAGUGAAAAUAAAUUUUUUUAAUUAUCGAAAUAUUGAGCAUAAAAUGGCAACCAAUAAUCAAGAAAAAAAGGAACAAAAAGAAUCACAAGAACCUGCUCAUCAUGCAAGGCGACCAAUGAAUGCUUUUUUAAUUUUUUGUAAACGACAUCGUGCAUCUGUAAGAUUACAUUUUCCACAUCUUGAAAAUAGAGCUGUUACUAGAGUUCUUGGUGAAUGGUGGGCUACAUUAUAUCAAGAUCAAAAACAAUCUUAUAUUGAUUUAGCACAAGAAUAUAAAGAUGCAUUUUUAAAUGCAAAUCCAGAUUUUAAAUGGUAUAAAUUACCAGCACCACCAUUACGUACAUUAACAACAAGACCAACAAAUAAAAAACAAGAUACAUCAUCAAAUUAUGAUGAUUCAGAAUUAUCAAAUGCCAAUUAUGAGUCUUCCGAUUGUCAUCAUCAAGAUAAUACAACAAAUAAAAAUGAAGAAGCUAUACAACCAGGUAAAUUAGCUGAUGAAACACAAAUUGGUGGUUUAAGUUCAUUAUUUACACCUUCUAAAAAUGAUGAACAAGAUAUUAUACCAGUUAAUAUAACAACAGCUCCUUCAAGUGAACAAAAAUUUCCAAAACCACCAAAAAAACGUUACACUGAAUUGUCCAUUGAUUUUGAACAAAAACGUGAUUGUAAAGUUGAUUUAUUUGGUGAAGAUAAUAAUGCUGAAUCAAACAACAAUUUGAAUGAGGAGGAAGAUAAACAUGAUACAAACUACUCGGAUCACAAUGCAUCAUUAGACGAUAGUCAUUAUUUAGGUGAAAGGAGUUGUAAAGGAGUUCGUUAUCAAAAAUUUCUUGCUGAACAAUUGAAAACUAGUAGUGGUGGUGGUGGUGGUCCAGGUGGACAGCAAACAAAAAGAAAAAAACCUACUACUGCACCUUCAUCAAUAAAUGAUAAUAAAUGUUCAAAAGAAAGAAGAAAUUCAAUAUCGUCAAAUGUUAGUGAAAAGACUGAUUCAUUGAGUAGUGAAGGUGGCAAUAGUAAUCGUAGUGAUUUAGAGCAUCUUGUUGACAGUGCUGAGGGUAGAGUUGAAGCAUCAAAACCAGAAAAUACUGAAACUGAAGAAGCUGAAUCACAACAAAAUUAUGAAUGGACAACACGUAAACGUUUUAAAGCUGAAGAUUUUAAUCUUGAAAAAAAAAUUGAAGCAUUACCAUCAUUGAGUCUUGAAGAAUUUCAAGAAAAAAAGAAACAACAAAGAACUAAAAAGAAAAAAAUACCACAAAAAAUGACAAUAAAUACAUCAAUAAAACGUGUUAAUCAAAAUAAUGGUAUACAAUCAACAAGUGAAAAUAAAGCUAAAUUAAUAAAUACAACUGUUGAUAAUAUUAUUGAUGAAACAGAAAAGAUAAUUCCAGUUGGUAGCCAAAAACGAAAAGCAAGAAAACAAAGUAUCACACGUAAUACAAAUGCAGAAGCAACAUCAUCUAAACAAAGCCAAGAUAAAAUUAAUCAACCUUGGUGUGCAUCACCUGACCUCGAAGCUCUUGCCUGUCUUGCUGAAAUUGCUGCUAAUCGAACGAAACUUACCAAGUGAAAUAAUUUAUGAAAAAAAAACAAUUGAACAUAAUAAUUAAUAAUUUUAAAAGAAGAAGAAAGCAACGAUUUUUAUGAAGAAAAUAUAUAUAUUUUUUUUAACUUUAUCGUUAAUUCAACUUUAAUGAUGAUGAUGAUGAUGACAACUGCAGUCAUCAAUUUAAUGCCUUACUCAACAAAAUAUGCAAAUUAACUUGCAAUUUUUCCUAUUUUUUAUUACAUUUAUUAUCAAAAUUUAUUGUUCUUUAUUUUUUCUUUUUUUUAUUAACAUUAUUAUUAAUAUUAUUAGCAAUGUUGUGUUUGUGAAUUGAAUGAAGAAAAAGAAGAAGAAAAAAAAAAAGCAUAUCGAAUUGAGAUUGAAUGAUGGGAAAUUUUUUUUUAAUUGUUGAAACUUUUAAGUUUUUUUUUUUUUUUAAUAGAAUAUACUUGUAACAAUGUUUUCCAAUAUUCAAUAUUUUUUUUGUUCUUGAUUAUUCUUCCAUGGGACUGAUUAAUACACAGUGUGAUUAUUAAAAAUUGCGAUAAAAAAUAUUUUUAUUCAUACAAAGAAAAAGUAAAGAAAAAAUAAAUAAUAGUUUAUUGCUUUGAACGAUAAAAUUUAUCAAACAUUUUAUAAUCGUAGUUUAAAAAGAAAAAAAAAAAAAAAAAUGUAUUUCACAUAUAAACUCGUUGUUUAUUAUAAUUAAUUUCGACUACAUAUUUUUGUAGUUUUUAAUUUUUUUUUUAAUUAAAAAAAAUAUAUAUCUAAAUAGUAAUAAUUUUAAUUAAAAGAUCGGUAAAUAUUUUAUGGUGUAUGUAAAUAGUAAUCGCAGUAUUAAAAAAAAUAUAGAAUAUAUUUUAAAAAACACAAUUUCAAUCCGCCACUCAAAAAUAAACGAAAUAGAUAUAAAAUUUUUCAAAAAAAAAAAUGUGGAGUAAAUUUUUAUGUAAUAAUUUUGAAGAUAAUAUGUUAAAAGAGUAGUUUUGUGUAUGAAAAUUUAUAUGGUAACAAUUCAACUUUAUACCUGAUGCUUGUGACUUGAAAAAAUUUAUCAAAUAUAUGUUUGAUAUAUUUCACAUGGCUCUUUAAAUACCCUUCAAAGUGUCGAGUUAUUACUAAGAUAUAUAUAAUCAAAAUGUAUAUUUAUAUUAUUUAUAUUUUCAAUGAAGAUAUUAACAUAUUCUUUAACAUUUAAAACUACGUAUAUAUAUAACAGAUUUUACAAUAUAAAAAUGAGAAAAAAUUUUUAAACAAUACCUUUUGGAAUGGAGUUGAAAAAAAGAGUAAUUGAACGAAAAAAAAAAAGAAUAUUAUUCAUUUUUUUAUUCAGAGGAAAGUUGAUUAACCCAUCUGUGAUUUUGGCUAAAGGAAUUUGUAUUUUUUAUAUUUUUCUAUAUCAAUUAUAACAAACAGUUUAAAAUCGUAAUAUUAUUUUUCACUUUGCCUGGAAA